AUCCACAUGCGUAUCUGGGUCUACGACAAGUCAUUGAACUAUAUCCAACAUGUCACUUUGAUAUCUAAUUCGAAACAAAACAAAGUCCCAUAGCUGUUCUAUCGGCGCUGUGUUGCUGCACGGGAUGAUUUUAGGGAUUCACGUCUUUGGAAAUCGAAAAGUUUAAUUAAUUAAUAUGAAAGGCGAUCAGAGUUUGCGACCAUUGAAUAAAGUGCAGAAGCGGUUGUCUGGCGAUGCUGCGAGUGAUAGCGACUGCGAAGUGAUGGAGCCGGACAUUUCGGUGAUAGAAUUGGAUGACACCGCCGAGGAUCCAGACGUUACUAUUACGGAGUCCAAUAAGGACGAAGAAAUUGUUGAUUUAGACGAAUGCGAUACGACAGAGCAAGGGGAAAUCGUUGAUGAUGAGGUGAAUCCUAACAAAAGUCCGGAGCCCGGAGGAGAAGUCAUUCUAACCGUAACGUUUGGCGACAAAAGUAAGUAUGACUGCUUACGCGAUCACGUAAGGAAUGCACUGCAAAAGUGUAUGGAAGAGAGAAGCAUUCAAGCGGAGACGAUCGAAGAGGACCAGGAACUGCGCCUGAAACUUGUGGAGCAACAGGAUGUCGACGACGGCACCGAUUUGAUAUUUGCAAUAGACAGGACGCCGGCAAGUAAACCGGAGAUAAGUGCGAUACCCUCUUAUAAGCGGUCAGUCCGCGAGGUUUUCAAUGAUGAGAAGAAGAAAGAGGUGAAUGAAGACGAGUGUCCAAGUCUGAAGCGAAUGUCCCUUUGUUUCAACUGCUCCGGGUCCCACGCUUUGAAAGACUGUCCCCAGCCCAAGAACCACCAACGCAUCAACAAAGCAAAGAAAAUGCUUUAUGCUACCAAGACAGAGAGGUACCAUGUAGACAUUGAACAAAGGUACGCCCACAUAAAGCCAGGCAGGAUUAGCGACGCCCUUCGGAAAGCAAUGGGACUGAAAAAACACGAAAUUCCUCCUUUCAUAUAUAAAAUGCGAAUCCUUGGAUACCCACCGGGUUGGUUGGAAGACGCAAAAGUGUCACAUUCCGGGAUUACGUUAUUCGACUCUGAGGGUCGACAAGUGCAAGAAUCCGACGAUGAGGAAGGCGAGCUAAGUGAGGAUAAACACAAAUACGACGUUCGAAAGAUAAUCAGUUUUCCUGGUUUCAAUUGUCAGGCGGAGCCAGGUACAAUAGAGGAUCAUCGAAUGCCGCCUAUGCUACCUGAAGAUCGGAAGGAAAAAUUCAUAGAAUCCCUUGGUGGUAACAUAAUCAAGGGCUAUAAACGGAAAAAACUGAAAAAUCUCCAAGCAGAUUCCGAGAAAAUUGUAGAAUCUGCCGAAACAGUUGAUAUGGAGAUUGAAAAUGAAGUUGUCCAACCACCUAUUGCUGAUCUCCCAUUGCAGUUGCCUCUUCCAUUCCCAGGAAUCAAUCAGCCACCUCCUCCACCUUUACCCUCGAAAGAUUCUUCGCCUCCGCCGCCGCCUCCUCCUGAAUGUCUUCCGCCGGGAACACCACCUCCCGAAUCAGACGGACUUAGUAAACAACGUCGCCGGUCACCUACACUUGAGGAUCUAGAGGCAGAACAAUCGGCUAUAUUGAAAGCUUUAGAAACAUCAGGAACAUUGAUGGAUACAAACACAGACGAUUCUCUAAUUGAUGAGAUUUUGGAAUUACGAAACGAAGAGGAGAGAACGGAAAGCCCAUUAACAGCAAACGAUGACACGCAGACAACGUUAUCAUCGAUACAAUCAAACGAAAAUGCUGCAGAGUUAGCAACAGCUUCUCAACAAUCGGAGGGAAAACCAUCAGAAUUCUCGCCACAGCUGCCUGAUAUGCCAAAUCGGAAAUCAUUCGUUUUGGGGACACCCGUUUUGAAAUUUUCAUCUUACGACAAGUUACCAACUGGCGAGAAAUUUUCCGUGGGCGUCAGUGAUGUAAUAAAUUUUGAAAAUCUUCCAGAUUCAACGGGAAAAUAUGAGAAUAUGGUUAAAGUUAUUGAGAAGGUACGAAGAGCAGUUCAGAAAUCAAAUGAAGAAAAUUAAAGAAGAGAACAAAUUUGGGGGUGAUUUGUUCUUAGUCGUUUUUUUAUUAAGUGUAGCGUUAGUGAUUUGAUAUGUAAAUGGAAAUUGCUUUAAGACAGUUUGCUCAGUUUAACUUUUGGUAGAGUACCUUUUAUUGGCAACCCCUAGAUUGACCAAUGUCCGCAAUCGACGUAGGAAUUAAAUAUUAACAUAUAUGAAUCAUGAAAAUCAUUUAAUGAUUACGAUUUUUGGAAUAAAUAUAAAAUUUUGUUAAUUUUA